UGGAUGGACCAUGCAUGAUCCGUCAUGGCGGAACUAACAUAUGCGCGUACGCACGUGUAGCGUAUGCCCCGGUCGCGUUGCUGUACGUUUCUGCAUUUCUAAUAAUGUGACAGGAGGCCUCGGCCGGCCAAUUUGUUCGACGAUCAUUUUGAGCGGAUUAAAAGAUGAGCACAAUCUUGGAAAAAAUCGCCUCGAUCGAGGCCGAGAUGGCCCGCACCCAGAAGAACAAGGCAACUUCUGGGCACUUGGGUUUGCUGAAGGCGAAACUAGCCAAGCUCAGGCGCGAGCUGAUCACCCCGAAGGGCGGCGGUGGGGGCGGCGAGCAAGGUUUCGAGGUCGCCAAGACCGGUGAUGCACGUAUCGGCUUCGUCGGUUUUCCUUCCGUGGGAAAAUCCACACUGUUGAGCACACUCGCCGGUGUGUACUCCGAAGUAGCCGAAUACGAAUUCACAACACUCACAACCGUCCCUGGUUGCAUAAAAUAUAAAGGUGCAAAAAUACAGCUGUUAGAUCUUCCAGGUAUUAUAGAAGGCGCAAAGGAUGGCAAGGGACGUGGACGACAAGUCAUCGCUGUCGCACGAACAUGCAGCUUAAUCUUCAUCGUCUUGGAUGUGCUGAAACCACUCGGACAUAAGCGGCUGAUCGAGCAUGAAUUGGAAGGUUUUGGUCUGCGAUUGAAUAAACAACCACCAAAUAUAACCUUCAAGAAGAAGGACAAGGGUGGUAUCAAUUUACAAACAAUGUGUCCGCAAUCUGAGUUGGAUUUUGAUACGGUGAAAAUGAUCUUGUCUGAAUAUAAAAUCAGCAAUGCGGACAUCACACUAAGGUACGACGCCACCUCGGACGACUUGAUCGACGUUAUAGAAGGGAAUCGCGUUUAUAUUCCUUGCAUUUACCUCUUGAAUAAAAUAGAUCAAAUAAGUAUAGAAGAACUAGAUGUUAUUUAUAAAAUUCCACAUUGCGUGCCGAUCUCAGCCCAUCACAAAUGGAACUUCGAUGAUCUGCUGGAGAAAAUGUGGGACUAUCUGCAGCUCGUUAGGAUUUACACAAAGCCGAAGGGACAACUCCCGGACUAUAACGCACCCGUAGUAUUAAAUACCGAAAAGCGAACUGUUGAAGAUUUCUGUAACAAACUUCACAGAUCAAUUGCAAAAGAAUUUAAAUACGCGUUGGUAUGGGGCUCAUCGGUGAAACACCAACCCCAGAAAGUAGGGAAGGACCAUCUUCUUUGUGACGAGGAUGUUGUGCAAAUUGUAAAGAAAGUAUGAUGUUGUUUUCCUUGCACGGUCGUUUCUUGGCAGCACAAAUAAACUUAAUAAACUGAUGAGAUUAAUGAUAUCAGAUUUGUAAAGAAAUUACAUUUUAAUUCAUUAUAAUGAAUACAUUAUAUAUGCACAGACAUAAUAUAUGUUUGAAUCGCUAUUAUUAAAUUCACUGAGAUAUGUCAGUAACGUCAACAAUUGCAAGACUGGAAGGAUUAAACAAAGCCAAAUGAUUUUGCAGAACGACUAAAUGAAUUUAAGUCUGGUUAAAGAAUAAUAUUAUAUCACGUUUUUAUAUGAUUAAUUACAAAUGUAAUUAAUUUAAAAUAAUUUAAGGAAAACACGUGAUUAGUGGCAAAACCACAAUAAAAUUAUCAUCUUUUAAA